AUGGCAACUUCAGCCAUCAUCAGAAAAUCAGCUCUACAUCUAUUCCUACUUGCCUGUAUUGUGGCAUUGUGCUACUUGUCUUUAUCAGCCACUACCAUCUAUGGACGUACACAAAAGAAUGGCAAACCAGCCUCCAAGAAGACCAAACCUUCUCAUAAUCAUGGUGGACAACAUCACAACAAUUCCACUAGACCUGUAAAACCACACAAACCUGAAGUGGUAAAUGGUACUACACCUGCCAAUGAUGAUGAUCUCAUUGAAAGAAUUAACACCAAUCAUACCAUUGGAUGGAAAGCCACCAAAUACGCUCGUUUCGAAAAUAUGACCAUUGGACACCUCAGAAAUUCUUUAUUUGGUUUGAGUUUGUUACCCAACGAUCCAGACACACCUAGAAUUGAAGGUGAAGUAAGAGUUCAAUUGCCAGCUUCGUUCGAUGCUAGAACUGCUUGGCCACGAUGUGUUCUUCCAAUUCGUGAUCAACAAAGUUGUGGUGCUUGUUGGGCCUUCUCUAGUGCCUAUGUGUUGGCUCAGAGAUAUUGUGUGGCCACUGGUGCUAAUUCCUAUACUGUACUCUCACCUGAAUAUCAAGUCGAUUGUGAUUCAUUGGAAAGAGGAUGUCAAGGAGGUUAUUUGAGUAGUACUUGGAGAUUCUUGACCAAUACUGGAACUGUUCCUGAUACUUGCAUUCCUUAUGUUUCAGGAAGAACAACUUCAGCUGGUUCUGCUCAAUCAUGUCAAUCCCAAUGCAAGGAUGGAUCUGCACUCAGAUUUUACAAGGCCAAAUCAGCAAGUAUUAUUCGAGGUGUUGACCAAAUUAAGAUUGCUAUCAUGACUUAUGGUUCUGUGCAAGCUGGAUUCACUGUUUAUAGAGAUUUCUUGAAUUACAAGUCAGGAGUUUACAAGCAUGUCUCCACCACUGCUUUGGGUGGUCAUGCAGUCGCAUUGAUUGGAUGGGGAAGUGAAAAUGGAACUCCAUAUUGGAUUGCUGUUAAUUCAUGGUCUACCAAUUGGGGAGAAAGAGGAUACUUUAGAAUUGCUCUCGGAUCUAAUGAGUCAGGCAUUGAAUCUCAAGUUUAUGCUGGUCUUGCAAAUGUGUAA